AUGAUACUACCAUCGUUAUUUAUAAAUCAUAAAAAAGAAAUUAAUCUGAAAGAUAAUUACUUAAAUGACCAUUUAAUAAAAUGCUAUAACUUACCUUCAUAUAUAAAUGAAAGUAUAUUCGAAUUUUUUCUUGAAUUAUUAAAUGAUAAAAGUUUUGAAAUUAAAAAGGUUAUUAAACCAAUAAAUGAAGAAACAAAUUUAUACCCAUGGAAAAUAAUAUGUAAUGAAAAUUUCGCAAACUUUUUAUUAAAAAAAAGAAAAGUAUUAGUUUGUAAUGAUUCUAUAAAUAAUAAUAGAAUUUUUAUAAAGCUAUCAUAUAAAAAAAAAAAUAUAAAUCAAGAUUUGUUUAAGGAUGAUGAAACGUUAAUUGAACAAAAUGAUAUUUUAAAGUUAAAGGAUAAAAAACCAGAGGAAGAACUAUUAAACUUCAGUAAUUACCAUAAUGAAACUAAGAUAAAUUUAAAUAUUAAAAAUGAAAAUAAUCAAGGAAUAAACUUUCAAGGAAAAAAUGAAAAAAAUUGUGAAGAAAAAUUUCAUGAGCAGAUAAAAGAAAAUGAAAAAAUAUAUAAUGACGAAAAAAAAGAAGGUAGUAUGGUACAAGAAAAAGAUAUAAAUAAAAUAGAAAUAAAGAAAAAUAAGGAGACAAAUACGAAAAAAAAUGGCGAAGAUAUAAAGGAAAUAGAAUAUUGUGAAUACUUUGAUGAUAAUAAUAAUGACGAAUAUUAUUAUUAUGAUGAAGAUGAAGAAGAAGAAGAAAGUUUUUAUGAGGAUGAUUAUGAAAGUUUUUAUGAGGAUGAUAAUGAAAAUUUUUAUGAGGAUGAUAAUGAUAUAUUUAAUUUUGAAGGCCAUACUCAUGAAAUUAAAGAAAAUAUAAUAAAUAAUAAAUUAUUAGAAGAAAAUAAUAUAAAGAAGUUAUUUGAUUUAAAUUUAGAUAUAAGUUAUAAUAAGAAUGAGAAAAAUAGUUUAAAUUCUAACAUUUGUGAUACGUAUAUUAAAAAUAACUAUCAAAUAAAAAAUUGUGAUAAUAAUAAUAAGGAAUUAAAUGCCAUAACUGAUAAUAAAAUAAAUAAUGAAAUUUCAAUAUCAAAUAGUGAAAAUUUAUCUUUAAUAAAUAAGAAAGAAAAAGAUAAUCCUAUAAUUAAUAUUUCACAUAUUAAUAAAAAGCAGAAAUGCAUUAUUAAUAUAAAUGAUCAUUUAAUUUCUGAAAAAAGUUAUUCUUCUUUAAAUUAUAAAAGUAAUAAUUCAAAAAAAACUGUUACCCAAGAACAAAAUGACAAUUUAAAUAAUUCCAAUUCAUGUAAUAAAGAAUUAUCUGCAAAUACUUUAGAAAUAAACGAUAUAAAAAAAGAAACAAACAGUUAUACUAAUACAUCUGAUACUAAAAGUGGUAGUGAAGUAAAAAGUAAUUACAGUUCAGUGAAGUUUUAUGAUCAUAGUGCAAGUAGUAAUAAAAAUGAUAAUAGUUGUAAUAAAAUUAAUGAAGAACGUGAAAGUAACUAUUCUGUUAAUAAAGAGUAUAAUAUAAACAAUUUUACAAAUAAAGAAGAGAAAGAUUUUGAAAAAAAGAAUAAAAAUAAUAAUAAAAAAAAAAUAUAUAUAAUGAACCAAUUUGAAAGUAUAAAUAAAGAAAAUAUACUUUGGGAAAAAUUCAAAAGAAAAAAAAGAAAAAAAAAAAAUCAAAAUGUUAAAAAAUUCUUCAUAUAUUUUUAUAAAGGGAACAUAGAUGAAAUAAUAGAAGACAUACGAGAAGAAGAUAAAAGUAAAAUAUCAAAUAAUGUGCAAGUAAAAAAGGAAGAUAGCGAAAUAUAUUUAAAGAAUGAUAAUAUAGAUAAUAAAAAUGUUAUAGAAAAAGGUUCCUAUUUAUUAGAACAAGAAGAAGAAAAAGAACAGGAACAGGAAAUUCAAGGAGAUGAAAAGAAAAGAGAAAAAAAUGAUCUUCAAAAACAAAGAGUAGAGAAAGAAGUAGAUGAUCAACAUCAUAUAGUAGAAAAACAAGAAGAUAAAAAAAAUGAAAACAAAAAUAAUUUAGAAAGUAGCAUAAGUAAUAAUAAUUUAUUGGAAAGUGAAUUAAAUAAUUAUAGAAACAACGAAUUUAGUCAUAAUAGAACAAUAGAUAUAAAAACUUGGCCAAGCAAUUUAUCCUGGAAAGAAAUAUCAGAUGAAAUAAAAGAAAAGUUUUGUGUUGUUAUAAAAAAUAAGCCACCUCAAUGGAAUGAAUACGAAUUACAAGAAUUUCUAGAAUCUCAAUUUUCUAAUAAAAAUUUCAUACCAAAUUUUGAAUAUAUAUUUAUUACAAAAUCAUUCCCUACAAUAGCUACUAUCGCUUUUAAAGAUGAAAUUUCAAAAAAAAGUUUUUUAGAAUUGCGGAAAUUCAAAUUACCUUUAUCACUAAAAAAUUAUAACAAUGAUAAUUAUAAUAAUUAUAAUAACAGUAGUAAUUAUAACAAUCACAACAACAAUUAUAAUAUUAAUAACAAUAAUAGCAAAUUUUCUAAUUUUUUGAUAAUUCAAGAAUAUAUUAUAUCUCACAAUUUUAAUUACUCGAUUAAUAAAAAAAAUAUAUGUGAAAAAAAUGAAUCCUUUUUUAAUUUACCAUUAAAAAAAAAAAAUAAUAAAAAUUAUGAAAUUUCAAACGAGGAAUCUUCAAGCAAUAUAGACGUAGCUAUAAAUAAAUAUAAAAAUUAUGUUUUUAACUCACCUAUUAAUUUAUAUUCAAACAAUAAAAAGAAUAUUUCAACACAUGAUAAAAAUAAUAUUUUCAAUAAAUUAAAUAUAUAUAGUAAAUUUUCUUAUAAUUCAAAAAAUUAA